UUACAGGUUUUAUUAGUAUUUAAUAAAGAAGAUGUUCAGAGUGAUAGUUUAAGUUGGGCAGCAGAAAGAAUAGGAUAUAAAUACACAUCAGUUCGAUCACCAGAUGCUGCUAUAGAAUCAUACAGUUUAAAUCAUCAAGAUAUUGUGUUUAUUGAUCAUAGAUCAUCUAAAUAUUUCGAUGCCGAAUCACUUUGCAGGUCCUUACGAGCUAUAAAAGCCAACGACCAUUCUUUAAUUAUUGCUGUCACCAAAAAAUAUCCAAGUGAUAAAGAAGAACCCUCUAUAUUACCAUUAUUAAAAGCUGGUUUUAACAGAAGAUUUAUAGAGACAUCUAAUGUUGGUUGUUGUAUAAAUGAAUUCUUACAAUUAGAAUAUGGUGAAAUCAGAUCUCAGCUCAAACUGCGGGCCUGUGGAGCCUUAUUUACUGCCUUAGACAAUGUAAAUGAUUUAGUUGAAAUUACAAAUCAAGAUCACGAAAUACAGUAUGUAAAUCAUGGGUUUGAGAGAUUAACAGGAUAUACAAGUGAAGAGGUAUAUAAUAAAGAUAGUCGAGAAUUAUCGAAAAAUGAUAAAAAUAAACCUGAUUUACAUGAAACUAUCACAGAUCAAGUUAAAAAGGGAAAGACAUGGGAAGGUUCAUACUAUACACGACGGAAAAGUGGAGACGUUUUCCCAAGUUUUUGUCGAGUGAUCCCAGUUCAUGGGCUCAGUGGAAAAAAGAAAAAAUUUGUAAAGCUGCAAUCGGCCAUGACAAAGGCAGACCUGAAAGACAAGAACUACAGAAUUCAUAGUGACAUUGGUGUAGAAAUUUUGCUAUUGUUUUUUUAUGAAAAUGUAGCUGGUGAGAAAUUUUGUUUAUUAAUAUUAACAGGAGGAAUUCAUGCUGGUCUAAAUAAAAGAAGAGAAUCUGCAGCAAGAAUUCAUUCGAUGACCAUUGAGGCACCAAUAACUAAAGUAAUCAACAUAAUCAAUGCAGCACAAGAAAACAGCCCUUUAACAGUAGCACAAGCUCUAGAUAAAGUCUUAGAGAUCUUAAGAUCUAGUGAAUUAUACUCACCAUUUUUUAACCAACAAAUGAAAGAUGAAGAUCCCAUGACAUCUGAUUUAGUUGGAGGUCUAGUUUCAGUAAGUUACCUCCCUACCUUGAUUUAUAACGUCAUUUUCAACAAGGUCUUUAUUGAGUGCUCCCACCAUACCCAUCUUCACAUUCCAUCCAGCCCUACCGCCUCCCUCUCUCAGGUUCCUGAAACUAUCCAGUCAGUAUUAGACAUUGAAACUGAUUGGUCUUUUGAUAUCAUUGAAUUAGAACGAGUUACUGAUAACCGACCACUAGUAUUUCUAGGAUUAAAGAUUUUUGCAAGAUUUGGUGUUUGUGAGUUUCUAGAUAUUAGUGAAGAUGUGUUAUUUAAUUGGUUAACAUUGAUAGAGAGUAACUAUCACUCUGAUAAUACUUAUCAUAAUUCAACUCAUGCAGCUGACGUACUUCAUGCUACUGCUUAUUUCUUAGAUACAGAUAGAGUUAAGAGUGUAUUUGAUCAGUUUGAUGAAGUAGCAUGUUUAAUAUCAGCUGUGGUACAUGAUGUAGAUCAUCCUGGUCGUACUAAUGCUUUCCUGGUCAAUGCUAGUGAUCCCCUGGCACUAUUCUAUAAUGACGUGUAUGUAAUACACUGCUGCAAUAUAAAGUACAUUGGUUAUUGUAGAGAGAGCUACUGUGCAAUGAGAAAUAACAUAAUAGAUAUGGUAUUAGCUACUGAAAUGAAGCAACAUUUUGAACAUUGUUCAAAGUUUGUGAAUAGUAUUAAUAAAGUUAUAUCUGCUGAAGAUGAAACGAGUCAAUGUUCUCAAGACAGUACACCAGUAUCUGGUAAAUUAUCAUUACCAGAAAACAGAACACUUAUUAAAAGGAUGUUGAUUAAAUGUGCAGAUGUAUCGAAUCCGGUCCGUCCAUUAAAUCUCUGUAUAGAAUGGGCUAAACGUAUUGCUGAGGAAUAUUUUGAUCAAACUGAUGAAGAAAAGAGUCGUAAUUUACCUGUAGUUAUGGCUGUAUUCGAUAGAAAAACUUGUAGUAUACCUAAAUCACAAACAAGUUUUAUUGAUGUUUUUAUUAAUAACAUGUUUGAUGCUUGGGACUAUUUCUGUGACUUGUCAGUUUUGAUGACAAAUUUACAAGAGAAUUACUUAUACUGGAAGGAACAGGAGGAAUUGAAACAUCAGGAAGAAUCGGAAACAGAUGAGGAGCUAGAUAGUCGUGGUGAAAAUCAGGAGGAAGCACGCGAUGAAACAUGA